AGGAUAUAUUGAAGGCUUAUAAUGUGUGGAAAGCGAGAGGGAAUUUCCCGCCCGAUGCAGAUAAGAAGGUUAAGCUUAUGUGUUCGUAUUGCAAGAAACACAAUGCAAGUUUGUUCCUGAUCCAUAUGAUGGUGGAGCUCAAGGUACUGGACUUGCUAGAAGAUGCUUGUGAGUCUUUGCUGGACAGUAUUAUAACAGAAAAAUGAUGUGAAGCUUGAAACUUGCUGAUAUAAAUCUUGUUAAACUGAACUCUUUACACGAUUGAAUGAUAUGAACUCUUUACAAGAUUGAAUGAUAUUAACUCUUUUGUUUUAUCAUUAUUAUUAUUAGGAGAGAAAUAGAAA